CUUAUUAUUUGGGGAGUUGAUACCUAAACAAAAAUUGUACCAUGAUUAUUUUUUUUUUACCCCGGUGAUACACAGGUAAAAUUUCUCAAAUACGAAACUCAGGUAGAUCGGUCCGAUAUGAGUUAUCUGCCCUUUAGUGGAACAUGGCGUCGCCCAUGCUGUACGAAUCUACCGAAAGUGACACGGACGAAAGCAUACCAGAAAUCGACUUAACUAUUAAAAUGACUCUGCAGCCGUAUCAAUACGAGCCAGUUAAAAGACAAGAGACAGCAAGACAGCCACUGGAUGAUGAAAGUGACUCGGGGCAGUCGGCACAAGGCAGCGUCCAUAGCGACGAUGAACACCUACCUUCAGACAUGCACUGGUGUUCCUGUAAAAACUGCAUUUCUAUGCCAACUGCAAGAGAAUGCAAAUGUUGCCAUUUUUAUGCUGACAUUGAGUCAAGGAUUGAAGAGGGAGGAGGAACCUGCAUCACCGAACAUUAG